AGAAGUUCAAAAUCAUUCACAGUUGUGCAUGACACACCUUUUUUCACACCUUGCACGGGACCCCCUGUUCCAUCAGUGUGACAAACUUUGAUCUACUGUUUGACUAUUAAUGUAGGAAGAUGUAAAGAAUAUUUCAUGGGAACGACACUCAGUUCCUGUGAAGUAAAUCAUGCAUGCAGAAGGUAUGAUGAGCCCAGAAGGGAAACUAAUGAUGCAUGUGGGUCUUCCUCCCCCUUUAACUGCCUUCAGUGCCAGUAGAAAAACUCAGCUCAAAAAAUCCAGGCCAGCCACAUCUACUAAUACGGUGAAGUUCGCCCCUUCAUCCAGAAGGUCUUCGGAAUCAGUGACAAUACCCCAGAGAGCUUCUGAUGAUUACAUCCGACGUCCUGAACAUUGGUUUGAACUUUUCAAGAGAUGUCGUUUCUGAAAGUGCUCCUUCUGCUUUGAGAUUUGAACAGAUUAGGGCUAGAGAUAUAUACAGUGCACCCAAGACUUUGCUGUCAUCAAAGAAAAGUGUCGUCAACAAAGGAAUACAAGGAAGACACAAUGCUAUUGGAGACCCAAUACCACAUUUACCUUGUGCAUUGACUGUUCCUGCUGAAAAUGUCGACUUGAGAAGAACCAAAGCAUACCCUGUUAAGCCUUACCUCAAAAAAGUUGUACAAGAGGAGGAGAGCAUAGCAGCGCAGACAAGCGUUGCAGCAUCAACUACUCAAUGGGACGAGUAUGUCCUCAAUAAACUGAGUUUUGACACAGCAGACAUCAUUGUGAAUCGACAUUCUCAUGGUCUUCAGAGGGAGAGGCUUCAGCAGAAGGUACUAAGUGAUGCUAAAGAUGAGGUAGAUAGCAUUAUUUUCCAGGAGACCCAGUUCAUGGAGGUCGAACCAAUACUUGUUGAGAGGAAGCACGGUAUAGAAGCUGACUCUAGCAAGGUGUCGCUCUCCAGUUUUGUAUUGUCAGAGUCAGACAAGGAAACAGUUGUUACCAAGACUAAAGAGGAGAAACCUAGCGUAAUGGAGGAGGAGCACUAUCCUGCUUACUUAGACUCAGGUAAGCCUCUGCAAAGAAACUACAUGGAGAAGUUCAUGACAAAAGCUCAGAGGAAAAGGGAGCACCAGCCGGCAGAUGAUAGAUAUAUUAGUAGCAACUAUAACAGGCAUAAGAUACUGAACGACAUAGAGCCGUUCACUGAAGAUAUACUUCAAGGUAAGUUAUCUAUACACCAUCCCGGCAACAGAAGCAAGAUUAUAUUCGACACACAGACCCAAUACAAACGGGAUCUGAUCCCGCUGUAUCCCCAACAACCCACCACGUGGGGUCCCCCUAAACAACUACACAAACGUCUCAACGUCCCCAUCAAGGGAGCCAGACCUUGGAAAAACUACCCACAUCUUAUCAUAACGACCUAUCAAUGUCAAGUUCUGAACGACAUGACGUCAGAGUCAGACGAGCGCACUACACCCGGCCUCUCCGACAACUUGCUGGACAGUGACGAGCUGACACACGACUUGCUCCUGGGUGCGCUGUCUACCUGGCGUACCACGUGGUAUCUGGAUAACAAGUGGAGAGAUAGUAGUCUGGAGAAUCUUAUUGUGGAUAUGAAAGAUAUUAGUGAACAUGUGAGGAUCACCGCAGCUAUAGCUUGUGGAGCUGCUCUGGGGUUCCGAUCAGACUGGGACCUGGAUGAGGAGCCGGAGUUGAAGAGCGAUGUUGAGGACGGUGAUGAUGUUCCAAUAAGUGGUUACAGAACUUACAGCCCUUCCAUUGCUGCUUCCUCCACUGAGAGGUCGACGGGCCACGUGGUUGUUGAUAAUCUGCAGAAGUUGUUGUUUGAUAAGAGUGACAGAGUGCAGUGCUCCUCUGCUGUUACUCUUCUCGCUAUCGGUGCUUCUAACGAACGGGCUAAACAGGUGCUAUUACGAGCAUUACACAGAGUGAACUCUAUGGUAGCAGACACGUGGGCGGCUGUACAGUGUUUGGCGAUGGAGAAUGUGACAGAGAGGAUUGUUGUUGAUAAACUCAUCACCAUGACUCAGUCCCUUGACACUCUCAUCCGAGUUACGGCUACCAAACUUCUAGUCCGACUUAGUCACCAUUCGGAUGUUAUCUUGUUUAUGGUGGCUGAUGAACUCAACAAUAGGCUGUGGAUCAACAGAUACAUGGCAUGCAAAGUCAUACAAAAGAUUCACACCCCGUUGAAUAAAGACAUUUUACACAAGUUACUGACACUGAUGUGGUCGGACUACAGUGAGAACAUCAAGUCAGUUGCUGGUGAAACGAUUGGGGUUAAAGGAUAUGGUCAUGUACUGCACGACGAGCUGUGCUGUAGGCUCAGGAAAGGGAACGAAGCAGAGAGAGUUGACGCUCUCAACAGAGUGGUUCAUCUCCGGAUGAUGACAGGCCGGAUGAAGUCUGUGUUUCUAAAGUGUUUCACUGACGACCACGUCUCUGUCAGACACAAUGCAGCUAAGGGAGCAGGCGAGUUACAGUUUUCUGACGAGGAUGUAAUCGAGGGUUUAUUAACUCUGAUCUCUGAGGACCAUUCUCACAAGGUCAAAGCUGCUGCUAUCGAAGCACUAGCAGAUAUAGGGGUAGUGAACGACAAGAUAAUAUCUCAACUGGUGUGGUCUGCGCAGUACCAGCAGGAGGGGUUGGUGCGCAGCGCGGCGUGUCUCGUCCUCGCCAUCCUCAAGGUGGACCGGGAGGACGUGGUCAACGUCCUUAGAGACAGGCUCACUGCUGACGCCGACAACUCCGUCAAGAAAGCAUCAACACAGGCUCUACAGAUGUUAGGGUUGAAGCCUGAAAAGGACGCUUCCCUUAUACUCGCCAUUAAAGAAGCAGUAAAAAAACUAGGAUCAAAAGAAGCGAUUUUAUCAUCUAUCAUAAACUCAGAUUCCCAAUCAAAUAACGACUGCUAUUCUUGCGAAAACGCCGAAUUGGGUUUGAAGUCGCGCGGCUCAAAAGUAUCUGUGACUCGUGGAAAUACACGUGGGGAAGUGAGGUCACGUGAGUCUUUGCCGAAACGAGAGAAAACGUCAGAUUCUCUCAAGUUUGAGUGGCCGGAUCCAAUGAAGGUGAUCACACGAGAUAAGGAGAUCAAAAUGAAGAAAGAUAAAAUUCAGGCUAUUCUGAAGGAGCACGACAAGAAGGAACCGACAGCCAAAUUCCUUUGGAGGAAGGCCCCUGUACAAUCUCCACUCUCUACUAACACUGCUAAAGCCUAAGUCACCGCCUCUCUGUUUCACAAGUGGAGUACAACUGCGGAGUAGAACUCAAUUAAUUUAUUUGUGAGACUGUGAAGGGUAAUUGUGCGAUGAUUAUUGGAUGAUAAACUUUGUACUAUAUUUGAGAUAAAAAUGCGAUGUAAAUCUAGUUUAAAGACAUUUUAGUUGAA